GGGGUCUGUGCGAGCAUUUGGCCCCGACCUGGUCAGGGUCGGUUUCGCUGAGUUGCAGCGUCCUUCUCCGCGACGCGGAGAAGAGCCUGCGGGGUGGCGGCAGGUCGCUCACGGAAGACGUACUGCGGUGAAGAGCCUGCGGGGUGGCGGCAGGUCGCGUGCGUAACCAUGGACCAAGUCAUUAAGGUACUUGUACAGUUCUGUGAGGACUAUUGUGGGAAAUCUACUCCUUCGUGGAAGGAGAUUGCGGCAGUUCUGUCGUUAUUAAAUGAGCAGGAGGAGCUGGACUCUCCCCGCCACGUUUUGGAUUCGGGCAGGUGGGAUUUGCUCACCUCGGCGCUAUGCCCACGCGCCAUGGCUAGUCAGAAAGCUACGGAACUCAAAACACGGGGAUUGAUAUCAGGAGCCCUUAAAGCGGCCAGGGAAGAGGACAAACUUGGGGUGGUCGUGAGUGGGGAGCGGGCUUCGGGAAGCGGGUCUUUGGAGUCUUGCAGGUCCGGCACUCAGACGGCAGCGAAUAAAAUGGCGACGGUAAAGGAGGAAGAUCGCGAAAAGGAGGAAGAAGAGUCGCAGAAGCUCUGGGGCUGUCCGACGGCGCCGACGGCCCCUCCCAAUUCCACUGCACUGUCACCGCCCCCACCCUCCCCUAGGCAGCCGUUAUAUCCUUCUUUGGUAAAGACAUCGCAGGAGGGGGCGGGACCGUCCUCAAAAGGAAAAGAGGAAGGGAAACCUAAGCUUACUGAUUGGGGCCGGAUUAAAGAGGAAGUGGCAGAGAAAGGCCUGGCGGCAACUUACAGACUUCCAGUUGUUGUCUCAGAGGAGGGAGGCCCAAUCUGGGUCCCGCUGGACCCAAAGGGGGUAGCAAGGAUGAUUGAGGCAGUAGAAAAGAAAGGGCUGAAAUCACCGUUGACGAUGAAUGCCCUUGAGACCCUCAUAGCACCGGGCCCAAUGCUGCCUUACGAUAUUGAGAACUUAAUGCGCAUGGUGUUGAAACCGGUGCAGUAUAUGCUCUGGAAAGAGGAGUGGCAUACCUGAAUUAAGCAAAUGCUGAUUACGGCGCAGGGUGAUCAAGGAAACCCUAUACACGGGUCCAAUAUACAGAGAUUAAUGGGCAGUGCCCCAGGUCUGCUGACCCUUCAAGCACAAGUUGGACAACUUAGACCAGGGGAGCUGAUAGCGACUACGGACGCUGCAAUAGACGCGUUCCGAAAGCUUGCAAGAAGUGCUGAGCCCACUACUCCAUGGACAGAGAUCGCGCAAGGCCCCACAGAGCCAUUUCAGGAGUUUGCAGACAGGUUAAUUAAGGCAGUGGAAGGCUCGGAUCUGCCCAGGGUGGUUCACGGUCCCGUCAUCCUGGAUUGCUUGUAUCAGAAGUCCAGUGAAGGGGUGCAGGGGAUUUUGAGAACAGCGCCAGGAAGGUUCCAAACCCCCGGUGAGGCCAUCAAAUAUGUCUUGGAUAAGCAAAAGGCCGGUCCGUCCGUGGCAGGGGAAGUGGCCGCGGCUGUAGCGGGAGUGAUGAUGGCCUGUAGGCAGAUGGACCAGCGUGACAAGGACCGACAGUUAGGACCUUGCUUUAAAUGUGGCCAGUUGGGCCAUAUUAGGGCCCAAUGCAGGAUGGGCAGGGGCGGAGGGGUGACAUGUCAGCAGUGCGGGCGCAAGGGUCAUACGGCACCACAAUGUAGGGCCCGUAGGCCUACACGCCGGGGAGAUAAUGACAGGAGACCGCCUACGCACGGCAACUCCAUUUCUCGAUUGGUGCGGGUCCCUGACUUGAGCUUACCCAUGGCGGCGCUGUCCUUAAGUACUCAAGAGCGCCCUCUGGUGAAGGCCACUAUUUCUUGCACCAACCUCCCGCCAGAGUUCCAAGGCCCUCGAUCUAUCUUUGUCACCGCCCUCAUAGAUUCCGGCGCCGACGUUACUGUGGUCGCGGAAACGGAGUGGCCACCUUCGUGGCCUACGGGGGCCUCGCAGUCUAUUAUGGGGGUUGGAGGGGCGACCCCCUCACAGCGGUCUCUUAAUGAGGUACAAGUGGUUGUUAUUAAUAGGGAUGGCUCCUUGGAGAAACCAGCAUUGCUUACACCGUUAGUAGCGCGUGUCCCCGGAACUCUUCUGGGGCGAGACUUCUUGCGACUGAUAAGCGCUCGCAUUACAAAUUUAUAGUGGGGGCCACGGUCUGCCAAUUGUCAGCACGAUAUGCUAUUCCUUUGCGCUGGAAACCGGACACCCGUCCUGUGUGGGUGGACCAGUGGCCCUUAUCAGCAGAGAAACUUAAUGCUUUGCAAACCUUAGUAACCCAGGAGCUUCGCAUGGGUCAUAUUGAACCUUCGCUUAGUAGAUGGAACACUCCGGCGUUUGUCAUUCGGACUACUUCCAGGGGUUCGGGCUUUCCGGUGAAUCUCUGUGGAACAACACGUCGGCUAAAGCACUCCCCCCGGGUAUUUUCUUGAUUUGCGGGGACAGAGCUUGGCAGGGUAUCCCGCGCAAUGCCUUGGGAGGGCCCUGUUAUCUAGGACAGUUGACUGUGCUUUCUCCUAACUUUACCACCUGGAUGAUGUAUGGGCCGAACAUUACGGGGCACCGCCGCAGCAGGUGCUUGUCGAGUUUGCUCCCGCCUGACUGCAAUGACGAGGUACAGCUAUGGAGUGCGACAGCCCGGAUAUUUGCUUCUUUCUUUGCUCCAGGUGUAGCUGCGGCGCAGGCCUUGAAGGAGAUUGAGCGCUUAGCAUGUUGGUCGGUUAGGCAAGCGAAUUUAACAUUAAUAUUGAAUGCGAUGUUGGAGGACACGAACAGCGUCCGGCACGCGGUGUUGCAAAAUCGAGCGGCCAUCAAUUUCUUACUCCUAGCACAAGGACACGGGUGUGAAGACGUAGAGGGGAUGUGUUGCUUCAAUCUUAGCGAUCAUAGUGUGUCCAUUCACAAAGCGCUUCAAGCUAUGAAGGAACAUACGGAGAAGAUUCAGAUGAACGACGAUCCCAUAGGGGAUUGGUUUAAACGCACAUUCGGCAAUAUCGGAGAGUGGCUCGCGCAGGGUGUCAAGACGCUAGCGUUCGCAUUGCUUGUCAUUAUCUUUAUAGCAGCUAUCAUUCCAUGUAUAAUCAGGUGCUUCCAGGAUUGUCUUGUCGAGGACAAUGUAUCAGUUUAUGGAUGAACGCAUAAAAUAUCAUAGGAUUAGGGAUCAGCUGUAAGCUCCGCGUGUGAGGUGAUGGGAGAUGUCGGCAUAGGGAGGGGGAGAUGUAGUAGGCGUGGCAAGGAAAACGGGAUGUGACGCGUACAGGCUCCCUAUGCCAUAUGUGAAUGCCAAGUAUCGCUUUAUGAUUGGCGGAGGUAUCUGUACUUAAACACGCAGCACGUAGCAAUAAACGUCAUUUUGCCUCGCUUG